CAGUGCAUGGCGUUCACCUCAAGAGUUGAGUAUGAAAUCGUUGACCUCUCAUGCGGUUGCUCCUGUGCUUUCAAGCAUUAGUUGAGAACAACUAAGAACCAGAACACAAGAACAGUACUCCAAACCCAAUGGAUUGUGACCCUUAAACCAAUCUUCUUACAUUAUUAAUUUUCCCAAAUCCUGAUAUUUUCAUUUGGGUUUUCUUCAAAAUCAGUUCUUUUUUUCUCGUUCUUUAUAUCUCCUUCCCCAUUUGUUCUUGUCUCCCUUCUUCUGUUUUUAGCAGCUUCUUUUGUUGAUCAUCACUCAUGUGGGAUAUUUAAGUGCACAGCUUUUACAAGCCAGAGUUCGAUGUAUGGAUUAUCUUGGAAAUCUUGGUUUCUGAUACCUUGAGAAGGUCCCGCUAUCAAUUAAAUGCAAAUUGACCCUCAUGGAUUUGUACAAGUACAUGCUGAUCUUGCUGUUAAGAUGUCAAUUGAAUAUCUUAUGUCAUUGGAACCCUGAUCUCCAACAUUCUAUUUAGGAUAUCAAAGUUAACAGAUGAUUGAUAUGGAAUUUUCCUCUUGUGUGCCUAGUAUUGAAUGAUAUGUUAUAAUCAGUCUCUGCUCUGCUAUAUAGUGUUUUCUCAAAGUCAAACCCGUGAAGAGAAUGUUUAUUGGAAGGGAUAUAGUACUUUGCUACUUUUUAUUACUAAUUUAAUUUGUUAAGAACUAAUUCAGUGCUGAUAUUAUCGUCACAAGUUCUAAAACAGACACAUGGCUCCACUAGUCAAUAAUAGACACUUAAAUAGCAAGCUCCCCGUGCAUUAUUUCGUGCAGGCUUUGAAGUAGUAUCUGUAAUAGUUUACAUUCAAUCAGAUGUUCUGUGCUGGAGUAUCUAAAAGAGACGUUAUUUGUUAUUGACAACAGCAAAAUCUACAGUUCUUCCUAUGUUGCAGGCUGUAUUGAUACAACAUGCCUUAUUAUGUUAGUUUUUAGAAAGCUCGGAUUUAUUUUGAAUUCCAACCUUUUAAUUCGCAAUUAAGUUUCUUAGAUUACUGAAGUUUUAUUAAUUUUAUUCUACUUUUAGAAACUUCAGAAGGUCAGUUACUCUCACAAUAAAAUAAAAUUGAAGUAGUAGCUAUUUUAAUAUGACAAGUUUAUGCUAUCUUGUAGUCAUCAAUGAAGUUUGGAUUGAAUGGUUGGUGGUUGGCACUGAUAAACUAACUGGUUUCCACUGGUCCUCAUGAACACUAUGUUAGGCACUAGUAUUUACAGAAUUGAGAUUACCAUGUUUCCAAAACAUUAAAUUAUGCUCCAUUAUUGGCUAAUGUAGUAAAAAGGUUAACCUGUUUUAUCUACAUUUCUGUGUUAGUUAUUUUGAUUUGAAAUAUGCUCUAUGACAGUCACAGGAUUAUUGUUAUGGCAGUUGCUCCAGCUGAGAGUAUUGCCUCAUUGAUUAAUGACCUCUUUUACGACAUAUUAAGACGUCUUGACGGCCCUACGUUGGCUUGUGCAGCUUGCACUUGUACAUCAUUUUGUUCCAUCUCAAAAGAAGAGAUCUUAUGGGAAAAUGUGUGUUCUUCAAUGUGGCCUUCAACAAACAGGGAAGAUGUCAAAAUUUUAAUAUCUUUUAUUGGUGGAUUCAGAAAAUUCUACGCAGAUUGUUUUCCUCUUAUUGUUAUCAAGGAGGUUGGAGAGUAUCAAUGGAACGGAUAUCAUGAGUACCCUGAUGAUUGGACUGAGGCUGAAUAUUAUGGGGAUAUGAAUGAAUUGGAAAGCAUCUCUCCAUCCGAUUUUGUUUCCAUAGUGGAUAUCAAGUUCAAAGAGAAACCAAUCUGCUCCAAAGUUCUAUGGGGAAUUCCAAACGCAAAUGGCUAUAAUGGGUGGUUCUACAACUGUCCUUUCCGGAUUGAUCUUCUGAGUUGUGCUGAUAGAGAUGAUAACAAUGAUGGUGUGGUUACCCUUUCUGUUUCUGAUGGACUGCCACCAAUUACUUCUAUGGAAAGGGAAAAGAAAGAUGGGAAGCUAUGGCGGGAACUUCGUGAUGGUCUCUUGCUUAGUUGGAUCAUAGUAAACAAGAAAAUUAAGCGAUCUGCUAAUCUUGCUAGCUGGAGCCCUCUAGAUGGACAAAGACAUUGGCCAACAGACAAGGAUUUUGUCUUUCGUUUUGGAUCUGUUCUCUCUGCCAAGGAAGUUCUUCCUUCUCAAGUAGUGCAGUGCAUCUUUAUUAUGAAGUUUAGAGUUGUUCACACUGAACAAGAGGGGGUUCAAACAACUCUUAGAUCAACAGAGCUGAGUAUGCAGUUAGAAGACAUGGAAGGUGCGCAUGUUAAUGGGAGGAAAAGUUUGCUUAUUCUUAAGAAAGCACUUAGUUGCCGAAGAAGCACAAAUUACAGUGAAGUACUUGAAUCUUGUCUUGCAUACUCAAAAAUGCAAAAUAAGUUAAAAGAGGAAAAGAUUAGAAACGAAAGUAGGAUUGAUACAAUUUGUAUUCUAAGUAGCAUUUUUGCUGUAAUGACAUUCUGGUACUAUGUUUUGUGAUGUGGUAAGGCAUUGCUCAUUUUACUGAAAUAAGCUAAUGUUGAUCUAACAACAUAUUAUCAGCUUUGGCUCUCCUCUUAUGUAACACAAGAUUUCAAAAUAAAGUAAAUAAUCAAAGACAGCUUCAUUGCGAGAAUUGAAGUUUUCUUGGUUUGAACCUUCUGCAAA